AUGGCUGGCCUCCUGCCAAGCUGUGGAACAAGUGCGCCUCCCUUCACUGCUGUUUAGCGUAUUCAUAGUUAGGGGUUUGGGUUCGGCUGUUUUUAAAAAGGCAAGGCUGCUCACAAUUUGAUCAGUCUGCUCAGGAAACUUCUCUGGAGGAGAAAGUACCGGAAUCCACUUUGUAAGGGGGGGGAGAAGUUCAACAUCUUUCUUUUCUUGUGUGUGUGCAGAAGAAUUGCCCUGCUCCUGCAGAAGACCCGACCUCGGAGAGAACGAAAACGCAACAACUGCAUCCACCUUAAACUGGUUAUUUUCAUUGAUCCCUGGUUUAUGGGGAACAGCCCCCCCCCCUUUACACAUUUUUAGCUUUUUUUUCUUUUUUCUUUUUUUUGGAUGAAGACUACAAGGCUUUUUUAGCUUUUAAAAAUUCCGGAUUAUCUGGCCGUGGCAAUUGCAUUCAUUUUCGAUUACUUUUUUUUGUUUCUGUAUCUCUCCCGCAUCUGAGGUGUAGGCUGCUACUGACGAGGCGCAAACAUGUUCCUGAGUUUCUGUCUCCUGGUGACAUUUCUUUUGGGGCUGUCCGGCUGCUUGGGCUCAUACGUGCCAUGUGAGCCUUGCGACCAGAAGGCGCUGUCCAUGUGCCCCCCGGUGCCCGUCGGCUGCCAGCUGGUGAAGGAGCCGGGCUGCGGCUGCUGCCUAACGUGCGCCCUGGCCGAGGGGCAGGCGUGCGGCGUUUACACGGGCACAUGCACCCACGGCUUGCGCUGUCUGCCGAGGAGCGGCGAGGAGAAACCCCUGCACGCCCUGCUGCACGGCAGAGGAAUAUGCACCAACGAGAAAGGAUACAAACCAGCCCACCCGCCCAUAGAUCGCGAGUCCCGAGAACACGAGGAUGCCAUGACCACAGAGAUUACAGAGGAGCUGCAGCCGGCCAAAGUGCCACUCCAUCCCAAAGACAUUCUGAACAGCAAAAAAGUCCUGGCCGUACGCAAGGAGCUAAAACGGAAGCAAGGCAAGCAGCGCUCCAUGGGCUCCCCGAUGGACUACUCCCCUCUCCCCAUUGACAAGCAUGAGCCAGAAUUUGGUCCUUGCAGGAGAAAGUUGGAUGGAAUCAUUCAAGGGAUGAAGGACACCUCUCGUGUCAUGGCUCUGUCCUUGUACCUUCCCAACUGCGACAGGAAAGGAUUCUUCAAGCGCAAGCAGUGCAAGCCCUCCCGCGGCCGCAAACGAGGUAUCUGCUGGUGUGUGGACAAGUAUGGGGUUCAGCUGCCCGGAACAGACUACAGCGGUGGGGACAUUCAGUGUAAAGACCUGGAGAGCAGCAGCAACAACAAUGAGUGAAACUGGGGGCAGGAACUGUUUACUACCCCCACCCCCACCCAACACAAACACACACACACACACACACACACGCACACACAAACCCCUUGUCCUUAUCCCUUCUUACCACCACCUGCCCCAGGGCCCACACCUCCUCCUCUCCCCAGUUACACUUGUCUGCUCCACCCUCCAGUCACUUCAAGAUUUUUUUUUUCAAAAGGAAAAAAAACAAAAACAAACAAACAACAAUCCAAACGAAAGAACAGGCUGAAAACAGACACCUGUAACUACUUCCUUUUUUCCUAUUGUUGACCGAGCACUCAUCUCCAAAUGAGGGUAAAUAAACCCCCAGAAGAUUCAGACCCCUUGACUAUUGUACACUGGGCCUCGUCUAUGAGCUGGGUCCUUUGGCUACAGUUUCAUGAAAAUAUAUGCACGUCAUGGAUAUAUUUUUUUUUAUAUAGAAUUUUGGGGUUUGAAUGCAAUACUUUGUAUCAAAUAAAGUUAAUACAAGACAAUUGCAAAGAAAAAAAAAGUAACACGAGGCACAAUGAUUCUAGACAAAACGAUCUUUGGCUUUCGAAUCCGACGCUUCUCUGGUGUCUGAGGAGAUAGCUGGAAUUUGGGAGGAUUGGCAGAGUAAUUUGUUCUUUUUUUAUUAUCUGUUUUCCAAAAGAAAAAAAAGAAAAAGAAACAUGAGAUGGGGAUCUGCUGUAACAGUGGUCUCUGUCUGAGUAUUUGGUUCUGUCAGAGCACUUAUGAAUAGGGGAACCUGCUUAGAUAUGUGUACCUUCACAAAAAAAAAAGUGUGUAUGAAUGUAUGUAUGGGUGCAGUGUGUACAGUUUGUUUUUGAGUCUUGUAGGUGUAUGAUGGAGUGAGCCUAUUACAAAAGAAUGUCCUUUUUCUUUCUCAUUUUUUUUAAUUUUUUUUUUUUUUUGUCACAAUAAGUAUCGCUAGUGCUUGAACUGGUCUUGGGGCUGGACUUCUCUUACUAGCCUAUGUAAAGAAUGUCUCGGGACAUAGCGAGUGUCUGGAAACAAAAAGAGUAAACAGAUCAUUACAGAUUAACCUAUGUAAGUGGCUCUUUGACAAUGUAGCUAGCCUGACAUGCCAACUGUGCCUAUUUGAACAGACACCGCCAUGCAGGGCAACACGCAGCUCAGCAGAGAGCACCGACUCUACUGGUGAAAUAAAGACUAACUUGAGUUUUCAGCUAAAGCGGCCCGAUUCGCACGACUUCCAAGACUAUGAUCAUAGUAGACAUUCUGACGUUGACCAACCGAUGAACAGUUUCUCCAUCACUCCAUAUAUUUUCAGCUGCGUUGCACAUGAGUGCGUGAUCGGGCUCGCACUUGCCAGUAAGGUCUCUCGGUUCUCUGUUUCAGCUGUGUGACGUGCAGUCUUGUAUGGUGUUGUUUGUGCUGUUUUCUUUGCCUUCAGUGAAGUAACGACCACCCACUUUUGAGCCAUGUUCCUUUACCAAGUGGUGUCCCGUAAGUACUGCUAUUACAGUGUAACCAUGGUGUAUUACAUUACAUUUAACUCUAGUUAUUGAAUGUUGUUUUGCCUCUAGAAACAAACGACAAAAAUGUAUUGGUGCUUGGAAAAGAAAUGAAAUAUUUUAGCUUGUAAACAAUCUGAAUUGGUUCUUGUCGCUUGUAAGGAGUAUGGCCCAAAGUCAUUUGAAAACAGGACGGUCAAAGAGUCCAACCCUAUCGUGCCCCUCUGCUUGCAUGCCUCUCACCUGUCAUCCUGCCUUUGAAAUACUUCUUAAAACAAUGUAAAAAAAUAUAGAUUGGGAAAUAGUGAGCAGCUUUUUUCUCCUCUAGAGGUGUGGUUGAAACAAAUAGGUAACAGAUAGCAACAAGGUCACUUGAAGACCAAUAGGACUAUCUCUGUUUGUAAGUCAGAGUGCCUUCCUUCAUGCAAACACAUUUGAAUAGUGACGUAAAAGUGACAUGGAAGUCAUAGGGGGCAAAUUCCUCUUUCGAGUCCUUGUUAUGACUAGGUCUAAUUGUGAUGCAGCGAAGAACAAUGUGAUAGGGUCCUAUAAAUGGUGUCACAAAUGCAUUGCGGAUCCAUAGUAAUCCUUCCCUGACCCUCAGGGCAAUUCUGGACAAGAGUGAUUUGUGAGGAACCGCUGUGUAGCCACAGCCAGUUAAACCUCCCUCUUCUCUUUCUUCAACAACCAAUAAGCUAAGAUAAUUGCUUUUUCAUGUGACUGCCAAUGUAUAUGAAUGCCAGAGAGUGGACGCCAAAGGAUGUCAGAAUUGGGAGGCAAAUCAUCACAAGGGCAGGAAGACUGCUUCUCUCUUCAUGUGCAGGCAAGCUGUUGAUGUUCCGCUUCAAGAGAACAACUUUUUUCUUUUAAUUGCAAUUAAGAAAAGCCAUUUGCAUUCAAAAUGGCCUCUGGUUCUGAACGCAACAUCAAGGCUCCUCGCCCUGCUUCCUACACCAAAUCCCUACCAUCACUUUAAAAAAAAAGAAAAAAAAGAACUUGCAUUAAUUUCAGUUAUUCAAUAUUGAUAUUGAAACAUGACAUCCUGAGACGUGGUGUCAGGAAGUUAAUAGGGGGAGAAAAAAAACAAAAAAAAACAAAAACAAACAAAAAAAAACAAAACACCACCACAAAGCUAAAUGUUGUGUUAUCUUGUUCGUACCUUUUAAAUGGGGUGUUUUGAGGGAUUUUUUUUUUCGACAGGGGCCAUGCGGCCCAUGCCUGGGACCUCCCAAUACAGCAACAUCCUUUAGGAAUAAUAGAUAGACAGAAAGUGACACACACACACACACUAGCAAUGGCACAUGCUCUCACAGCCUAUUGCACAACGAGGAGAAAAAGAGAAAGAUUGUGGGUAAAAAUGCAACAGAGAAAGGAGAGGAAAGGAGAGGAAACGAGAGCGCGCGCCAUGGGCAGGGGUCGUAAUCAGGGCUUAGCCACUUCCCCAGUAUGGGGUCACCAAUUGCAUGACAGUAGAUACCAUUAGCAAGACAGUUACAAGGAGACUUGGAAAUCUAUGGAACACAGUACAGCAACCAGGGGAAAUUUCCAUUCCAAUUUUAGCAAGCAGCUGGUUGGAGAUUGUGUCAUCUUGAAGAAAAAAAAAGGUCUGCUAACGGCUUAAUGAGAAGGAAAACGGUUUUUGAAUAUGGAAUCAGAUACUAGCAUGCAACAACAUGUGAAUAUGUUUUUAGAUGAUUUUUUUAUUCAUGUAUGUAUAAAUGCUAGGCCGUUGAGAGCUGAAGCUUCUGGACUUUGACAGUGUUCUUCACAGACGUCCUCCUGUUUGUAAUGUAGUACGUUCCUCAGAUUUCACUUCUCCUACUCGGUUUGAACUCAUAAUCACCUUUCAUACAGCAGUAGUACAGUAACUUCUGGUUUCUUUCUGAAUGCAUAACAUUUUCUGGAUGAAAUGCGACAACACAAUUGGUUUUCAUAAUGUGGUGUUCACUGGCUUGUGAAAUCAACCCAUCGGUGACAGGAGGAUAGUGGGAAUAAAAAUGGUCAGCAUUUGGAACUACAUAAAAGAAAUAAAAAAGACAAAAAAUCUCAAAUUAUUAAAGUGAAUAUCACUGUGUAAUAUUUAUUCAACUUGUAAUUUAUGUACUCUUUUAACCUUUGUCCUUUUUUGUUAUGACAAAGCAUUUAUUUAAAUAAAGUUAUGUAUUCAUUUAA